AUGGAGACCGGAAAGGCUAUUGAGAACUGUGUUCGAACUCUUGGGAAUCGUAUACUCUCCUGUUGGAGCGAAGAAGAGGCAAGCAGCGCGUCAUGUCAGAAGAGGACAAAAAUAUCUUUUAUGAGCCGUUGGACAAUACCAGACGAUGCCGAUUUGGAUGCUGUCGAAACAAACCUCACUGAAUUUGGACGACUUGUUAUAGAAACACCCAAAACGGGUCUGCAUACCCUGAAAAGAGAAGUACCCAUCAGAUUCGCACCGAGGGAGUCAACAACAACAGAGCCAAGUGGCGUAGUGGUUAUCAAUUAG